AUGAGAAUAAUUGUCUCAAAAUUUCAUGCUCUCCUGAUUGCUACGACAUGUAUCAGUUAUUGGCGUGGUGUGUGGAAGUUUCUUGACAUUGCUGCAACUAUAAGUGAAACAAAUCAUGAUAUUCCAAUAACACCACUGUUUGAUAUUGCUCAAAAUUCAAUUAUUCUUAUGAUUUCUAAAACAUUUGUCAAUAACAUGUCAGUGCCAUUUGUGGUAAUGACUGAUCAAUUGGAAAAUUCUUUUCAUAUACCAACAAUAUUCAAGAGAAAACGAAAUGAUGGAACAUUAAAAUUCUUUUUCGAUUGCCUUUACACAAAUUUGAUUCCAUUCUUCAUGAUUUGCCUUUGGAGAAGUUUUUGGGUGAUCAUCGAUGCAAAUGUUUUUCCGAACAAUCCCAUGACAUCGGCAUACAUUUCAAUUACGACUGGCUACACUUUGAGUUUGUUUUGUUUCAUGAGCGAAAGUUUUAUCGAGAAUUUAUACAACGAGAGAUGUGACGAAUAUAAAUUUUUUGUUCGUGACGUAUUCACAGUUGUCUGUUUAUUCGCAUCAAUUAACGUGUGGAGAGGUCUUUGGAUUGUUUUUGAUGCUUAUAUAGGAAACCGAAACGGAGUUUUGUUUCUUGUUAAUGGGCUCGCUUGGAAGUUUCUUAUGAUUUUAAAUUGCACAAGUUCUAUUUCACCUAAAGGUGUAUUAAAAGAUGGAGAAGAUUUAGGAAAUGGUCCGAUAAGAUUACCAAUUUUAUAUUUCCAGCAGAUAUUUAAAAGUGUUAAACUUCAAAGUGAAUUUAUUGACCAAUCAAACUCGACUAAACUUUAA